AUGCUUCAUCGAAAUGUGCAAAGUCGGUUUGAAAUAUGUCCUCAAAAUUUCUUGAACCAACUUUUUAAAGUUCAUCCAGGAUCAGCGGCGCUGUCAAACCUGCAUAUCUCUGCCGUUUCCUCAAGGCUGGACAGUAGCUCCGCUCCUGAGCUUCCUUGUGGUGGUACGGUUCGUAUACACCGAAAUGGCUUCGCAGCUGCGCGGUUAUUUAUUUGUUUACAGCAGAAUCGUCUUGAGAAAAUAUUGUUAGGAGGAAUCGGGCGUGCUUUUGAAAUAACACUGAAUUUGCAUGCGGCCACUCGACAACGGGAGGGCAGUCAACAAUCCUUCGUCCCAAGCUUCAUUGUGUUCUCAGCGAUGAUACCUGAUCACCCAGGUUACUGA